AAUUGGUGUUUGAUGAUGAUUAAGCCAUGUAAAUGCUGGAAUUACCGGCUGAAAAACUUUGAUUAUAACGUGGCCUCUGAAAAACACUUGAAAUGUAACAGGAGUGACAACGUCAACAAGCGAUUCCCCGGGUAUGACCAGGAGACCAGCGAAUUCAAUGCAGAUGUCCACUGCAAACACAUCUUUGGUGGUCACGUUUCUGACUACAUGAAAAUGUUGGAGGAGGAAGAUGAAGAUGCAUACAAACGCCAGUUUUCACGGUUCAUCAAACUUGGCGUUACAGCUGAUUCGAUGGAAGAAAUGUACAAAAAGGCCCAUGCAAACAUCCGUGCCGACCCAGUACACAAAUCCACAAGCAAACCAUACGAUGGAAAGCCGAAACGAUGGAACCGGGCAAAAUUGUCAAAACAACAGCGCGUGGAUAGAGUGAAACAGAAGAAAGCAUCAUUUAAGCGAGCUCAUAAUUUGGAAUAACUCAACCUGCUAUCGCCAAAUAUAAAAUAUUAUUAAACAUCACUAGGAAAAAAAAAAAAAAAAAUGGGAACCGAGGUGUGGUUCAAAGGUAGCUGAACCGCCGCUCAAAAAAAGCUAUAAAUUAUCCAUUGAUAACAAGUCUUAUUAAAAAAAAAAAACUUGUACUAGUGAAACUGAA